AUGGCUUCGGACAAGAGAGACUUUGUCGUUAUGGUGACUGGCGGAGGUGCGUACGGCGAGUACGACUUCAACACCGCCGCGAUGAUCCGUGACGAGUUACCACAGAGGGUAGAUCGGCCCGGGAAGCGAUGCAUCAGAAUCCUUCGCCACCCUGUCGACACACCGUGUACAUACGACUGGGGUAUCGAAGCCAUGGACGAGAUCUGGAGCGGCAAGGCCAUCGCGGUGGGAGAGGAGGCUCCUGUCGAAAUCGAUCUCGCCCUCCACAUGGGCAUGAGGCCGAGAUAUCCCGGCUACUGCUUCGAGACGGGCGCGCGGAGGGAGGGGUAUAAGCACCCCGGCGAGGAUGGCAAGUACUACCCCCGGGAGCUCGUCGACGGUAAUGGACCGUGGGCUCAGCUUCCGGAAUACCUCUACUCCGGCUUCAAUAUAGAACAGAUCAUUUCUUCCGUUGGAGACCGACUGCCGGGCCUCGACCUCAAAAUUUCGCAUGAUGCCGGUUGGUAUUUUUGCGAGUUUGAAUUCUUCUCAUCACUGGCAAACGCAAAACUGAAGCGAAACUCCAGCAAUGUGCUCUAUCUGCACGUUCCCCUCCACCGGUCCAAGGAUGCAAUUGCUACCGGGGCUCGAGUUGCUACCGAGUUCAUCACAGCUGCAGUUGAGCAGAUUGAAGCUCACCAACAAGGCGUCAGGCUAUAA